ACAACCACAAAACAGUCCACAGCCAGCUGCACACGACAAAAUAUGAGCUGUGUUCUGAAGCCUGCAACAUAGACCAUCGUUCUUUUCUCGUGCAAGAUGGCGACUAGUCGUGCUGAAGCGGCGUUCUGUCUCGGGCAGCAGUGCCUGUCCGUGCCGAUGGCGAUGUUCGCCGACAACCGGCGGCGGCUGUGCGAGCGGCUGCGGCGGAACGACAAGGUUCCGGACGGGUCGUACGUCCUGCUGCAGGGCGGGGAGAGCCAGAACCUGUACUGCAGCGACAAGGAACUGAUCUUCCGCCAAGAGUCGUAUUUCCACUGGCUGUUUGGUGUUCUGGAGCCGGGGUGUUACGGCGCGGUGGAAGUCGCGACGGGAAAGGCGUCUCUCUUCAUCCCGAAGCUCCCGGCAGAGUACGCGGUGUGGAUGGGGAAGAUCCACCCUCCGGAGCACUUCCGUGACAAGUACGCCUUCGAUGAUGUGUACUUCACCUGCGAUAUCGCACAGGUCCUCGCUGAUAAGAAGCCGGCUGCGCUUCUGACCCUCCUUGGCGUGAACACGGACAGCGGUACCACGUGUCGCGAGGCGGCUUUCGACGGGAUCAGCGAGUUCAACGUGAACAACAAACUGCUGCACCCCGAGAUCAUGGAGUGCCGCGUUAUCAAGUCCCCCAUGGAGAUAGAGGUGCUCAGGUACACCAACAGGAUCAGCAGUGAGGCUCACAAGGAAGUGAUGAAAGCCAUCCGGCCGGGCAUGCAUGAGUUUGAGCUGGAGUCACUGUUCCAGCACUACUGUUACAGCAACGGGGGCAUGAGGCACGUGGCCUACACCUGCAUCUGUGCCUCAUCCAACAACGCUGCCACAUUGCACUAUGGACAUGCAGGUGCUCCUAACGACCGCCUGAUUAACGAUGGGGAGAUGUGCCUGUUUGACAUGGGCGGGGAGUACUACUGCUACACCUCAGACAUCACCUGUUCCUUCCCUGCCAACGGGAAGUUCACGGCCGACCAGCGGAUGAUCUACGAGGCAGUUCUGCGCUCUAAUCGUGCCGUCAUGGCCGCCUGCAGGCCAGGCGUGUCGUGGCCGGAGAUGCAUCGCCUGUCAGAGCGGGUUCUACUGCAAGAGCUGCGAGACGGCGGGCUGCUGCAGGGAGAGGUCGACGACAUGAUGAAGGUGCACCUGGGUGCAGUGUUCAUGCCCCACGGACUGGGCCACUUCAUGGGCUGUGACGUGCACGACGUUGGAGGCUUCCCAGAGGGGGUCGAGCGCAUCAACGAGCCGGGAAUACGCAGCCUUCGCACCACCAGGGCACUGGAGGAAGGAAUGGUCCUGACGAUCGAGCCUGGCUGUUACUUUAUCCCUGCACUUUUGGAACCAGCACUGCAGAAUCCAGAACAGGCGCGCUUCUUCAACACAGAGGCCAUCCAACGCUUUCAGGGCACUGGUGGCGUGCGAAUUGAAGACGAUAUUGCCAUCACUGCCGACGGCUGCGAGCUGCUGACCUGCGUCCCACGUACGGUUGAGGAGAUCGAGGCACUGAUGGCCGAGGGCAGGAGGGAGCCCUUGGCAAGCAAGUAGGGAGACCCCCCUAACAACUCUGUGGGGAGACCAUGGCUACUGCGGUGUGAUACCGUAGUUAUGGCAGAAAGUGUUAAGAGUAAAAAAAAAAAAUUGUGCUUAAGAAAUUAUUAUCUGCUUGUUUUACUUUGUUGCUGAAUGAUGAAUGGACAGCAGAAGAAGCCUGGUACAUUCCUGCCUUUUUAAACGUUAUAGACAAAAUCAAAUAUGUUUCUAAUCCUAUGUUAAGAAAGGAAGCGAUAUCUAAUUGUUGCCAGAAAACUAUAAAAAUUUAAGAGAAAUCUAGUGGAAUAUAGUGCCUUAUAUUGUAAGUUUUAUGGCUGAUGUUUUCAAAUAUAUGUGUCUGAUAAACCCACCGACUUUAUAUUGGCCAUGAUGAAGUUAGAUCAUAUUCUGAUGAUGUUUAAAGUUCAAACCUAAUGAUUGAUUGUCACUAAUACCAAACUAGAGCUAAGGAAACAAGAAAGCUUCUGAAAAAAGCUGGCCGGUGCAUAUUUUGGAAAAAGCCUGGAUGUUAAACAAAAUCACAUGAAAAAAAGAGUUUUUAAACAUCGAAUUACUGAAUUGGUCUGUCUUCUAUUAAAAAAACAUUACAUGAGAUUUGUCUAACAAAGAAAAAAAAUUGUUACAAGUGGGGUUCGAACCCACAGUCCACGGCUGCAAAAGCAAAUCACUAUAUCCACCCAGCGCGUAGACCGCUCCGCCACGCUGGCUGAUUGCGUAAUCGUGCGUAUAGAAGGGCUAUAAGAAAAGUUUGGUUAAAUUGACCGAUCCAUGCAUCCAUGGUUGAACUAACUGCUUCUCUCGCCUCUAAGCAGGUGCUACGCAUCGGCAAAAAAUGUGCAUCUGAUUAUGGUCCUGAAAAAAUUAGAUAGGAAUUAUCUUUUUACAGAUUUAAGCUGAAGUGAUCCAACAAAUACUCUUUACAGUGUAAAGCUGAAAUUUAUCAGUAUACUGGUAUUUUCACAAAUUCACAUGUUGUAAGUACAUGUAUAUACAGAUACACAUUGUACAAUCACAAAUGUCAAUUUCAAGCAAAAUGAGUAUAUAACACAUGAGGAAAACAAUUCUGCAAAAUUUUUGUCACUUAGAUAAAAAGAUAAAGCAAAAUUUCCCAAGCCAGCGCUUACAAUCAACCAAAAAAGGCUUUUGCUAGGGUCACAGUGGAAACACAGCAUUUUUUCUUAGUCCUUGCUAACUCAUAUGCAUGUUAUUCCUUGUCACUUAACAGCUAACCAACAUGUUGCCUUUCAUAGAUGUCUUGUUGGGAUUAGAUAACAGAGACCUGUUUCUGAAUCAAUGGAUCCCCUCGAAUAGCAGCACAAUGUGCUAUAUGACAUGCAGCAUGGGUCAUCGUAUUUCCUCUGGUAGUAUUGUUAAAGUUAUUAACUUUAACAAUACUACCAGAGGAAAACUUAUGGUUGUAAUUGCAAAGUUACAAUUGAAUGUGCCUAAUUCCUGUGUUCAUUGUUACCUUGAUACCUUAGGUGUACAGAACAUUAACUGUAAUGUCAGCAAUUAGUGUUACCAAAUCACUAACUGAUAAAAAAAGUCAAAGAAAUAUUUGCUUCUGUGCAAUUAUUUUGAUCACCAAUAUUAAUACUACUAUUGAUAGCAAUAUGUGCCAAAUAAAAUUGCCUAUCUGAUGAUAA